AUGCAUGCCACCCUCGAGGCCGACGGGUCCAUCGCGUGCGUGAUCUUCUCCAACCUCGGGCCGAACCCAAGGGACCGCAUCGCGCUCGCCGCCGUGAGCAGGGUGUUCAGGGACGCGGAGAAGGCGGACGCGUCGUUGCCGUGCGGCGGUGGUCUCAGUGCUUUGAAGAAGCUCGGUGACGAGUUUCAUCACUCCGAGCACAAGGACGCGGAGGCGGUCUACUGGUGGCGCAAGGGGGCCGAUCGCGGCGAUGCUGAUUGCAUGUACGCGAUCGGAAGGUGCUAUCGGCACGGCGACCAUGGCGUGGAGAAAGACCGGAGGAAGUCGUGCGAGUGGCUGAUAAAAGCUUCAGAGUUAGGGCACGCCGACUCGACGUACUUCCUCGCAGUGUGCUACCAGCUCGGCGAAGGCGUGGAUAUAGACGAAGCGAAGGCGUUCGAGUUGAACGUCAAGGCCGCGCACUCAUUCAAUCUCGGAAACCUUUACCGACACGGCCUGUGCGGUGUAGCGGAGGACAAAAAAGAGGCGCUGAAGUGGUUUCGCGUCGCCUUCGACAUCGGCUAUGACCGAAACUACUUCGGGUCUAUCGGGUUUCAGUAUCUACGUGGGAUAUGUCGCAUGCUCGAGGCCGAGCUCGCGGCGACGCGCACGAACUGA